AUGCUGAGUAACAUUGAGAAAAGCAAAAACAUGCAGACCAAAACACUAGAUCGGCAUAUGAAGCUACUGACUGUUGGUCGAAAUGAGUCCGGGUUCAAAACUGAUUAUAGUGAUGCAGUUGUAUAUACUGCAUAUCUUACAAAUCUGAUAUACCAUCCCAUGAAUUUUCUCGUAAUGCAGUGUACAAGGUUGAUCCCAAGUUCUUUAAUUUCUAACAAAUCACAAUCAAUAAGAACUAUCAAUGUAGCAAUGGGACCUUUAAGGUCUCGUCAGAAAAUUGCCUUUAAGACAAGAUACCACUGGAUGUUAGACUUAAAAAAAAGCAAAGCUCGUGCAAAAUACCCUUGGAUUCCCAGGGAACCAACAACAUCCAUGGAAAUAUAUGGUCAAAAAAUUAUUUUUCCUGAAAUGUACUUAGAUUUUAUUGUACCUAACAACUUGGACAAAUGUGAACUAAAACCUUACGUUUCAUGGCAAUCGAAGCUAAUUGAGGAAGGACCACUAACAGCUGAAGUAUUAUUUAAUAA